AUGGCAGAGUUGUCGAUAGUUCAUGGAUCAGAAGAGUCGGCCCUGUGGCCGAAGCGGCUGGGGGAUCUAAUUGAGGACCAAGCCAGCAGCUUCGGUCACCGUACCGCGGUGGUUACCCCAUGGCAGGGAAAGAGACUCUCCUUCAAUGAUUUGGCAGAGAGCAGCAAAACACUGGCCAACGCCAUGGUUCGCGCUGGUUUGCGACUUGGUGAUUGUGUUGCCGUCAUGGCCGGGAACCGGUAUGAAUAUAUAGAGGCCUUCCUAGCUGGAGGGAGAAUUGGGUGUCCGGUACUCCCAAUUAACAACGCAUACACGCCGGUGGAAGUCCUAAGAGCUCUACAGAGAAGUUCAUGCAAAUUAUUGUUUAUUGCCUCGGAUAUCGGUCCCCGCAGCCUGUCAGCUCAUAUACAAUGCCUUCUCACCUCCGACUCGGAAGAUAAACUGCCCGAUCUGUCGACGAUAGUCUCCUUCGGUGGAUCUCACAAUGACCCACGAAUUCAGGUGUACGGGGAUUUCCUAGCCUCCGGAGCGCUAGGUGAUGAGGGUGACUUUCUGCAAUCUGCCGAGCGAAUAGUGCGACCAUCCGAUAGUCUCAGCUAUCAAUUCACAUCUGGCACGAGCGGCGAGCCAAAACUGUCAAUGCUCUCACAUCGGGGCCUUAUAAAUAACGCGCGUCUCGUGGGCAAUGCGAUGCGACUGACUCCGGAGGAUGUAGUCUGCUGCCCGCCGCCCUUGUUCCACACCUUCGGCCUGGUACUCGGGUUCCUAAAUGCAUUCACGCACGGAAGCGCGAUCGUCUUCCCCUCAGAUCAGUUCAAUGCCGAGCAGGCCAUCGAUGCGGUCGCGCAGGAGAAGGCCACGGCGCUGUUAGGCGUGCCGACGAUGUUCGUCGCGGAAUUGGAAGUCUGCGAUGCGAGACAGAUCGAAAUCACGACGGUGCGGACUGGACUUGCGGCUGGAUCGCCGGUGUCGGAGACGUUGUUGAGUCGACUGGAGGAGCGGCUGGGCUGCAAAGGGAUGCUGAUUGCUUAUGGGAUGACCGAGACCAGUCCUGUGACAUUCAUGACUUCAUUGGAUGAUCCCAAGCACAAGGCGAUGACUAGUUUGGGCAGGGUGCUCCCGCAUACCUCUGCUAAGAUUGUUGACGAGAAUGGGGUUAUUGUUCGUCGAGGUGAGAAAGGGGAGCUGUGUACUAGUGGGUAUGGCCUGCAGAAGGGAUACUUCAAUAACGAGAUGAAGACCAAAGAGGCAAUGCGAUAUGAUGCGGAUGGGAGAUUAUGGAUGCAUACUGGGGAUCAGUGCUACCUUGACACUGAGGGCUACUGUCAUAUCAGUGGGCGGACAAAGGAUAUCAUUAUCCGAGGUGGCGAAAAUAUGUUUCCCCUCGAAAUUGAAGAGCGGUUACUUGUCCAUCCCGCCAUCACCGAGGCGAGUGUUGUGGGAGUUGCCGACCAGAAGUAUGGCCAGGUAGUAGGCUGUUUCCUGAAACUCGCCACGAACCAUACCAGGCCCCAGGAUCAAGAAUUGAGGGAUUGGGUUCGUGCAGAAUUGAGCUGGCACAAGGCGCCUCAGCAUAUGUUUUGGGUUGGCGAGGGAGGCAUAUGUCCCGAUUUUCCCAAAACCGCCAGUGGCAAGCACCAGAAACAUAUCAUGGAGGGAAUUGCCAACACAAGUCUCUCUGGAAAUCUCUCCUCCAUUAAGACGCAAUCUACCCCGGUGGGAUACUCGUUUUUUGGCUUGUCGUUAUGUCUGAUUCCGGUGGCCUUGUACCUGUCAAUAUACUCCUAA